AUGGGAAAAUUAGAAAAUGGUAAAGGUUAAAUCAGCUUUAGUUCUUUAUUUUGUCUUAAUAAAUUAAAAGUAAGAACAUAAGUUUUAAUAAUUCAAGUGAUAAUUCAAUUUUUAGUAGGAGCUUUAUUAACAUUAAUAAGUUAUUUAGCAUUUUAAUACAUUAUUGAUAUGUACUCAAAUAUCUCUUUAGAUUUCUAUGUUUUAUAAUAUUACAAAAAAACUGAUAUGAUCACUUAUUUAUAAGUUAAGAGUUCUUAAGAAGUGUUACUAAGAAGUUAAACUCAUCUAUUAAAGUCUGAUUUUUUAUAUCAAUUCAUUCAAACUAUAGAUCUAUAGUAUGUAUAAUAACCAUUAAAUUGUUUAAACUAUGAUGAUAAAUUAGACAAAUAUUAAUAUGAGUAAACAUUUUGUUAUGGUUUCUUUGGAGAUCAAUCAUAAUAUCUUACUAAUAAAGAUUUAUUAGCUCUUAAUUAUUCUUCUUUCUUAACUUAAGUCCUUCCAAUAAUGGAUAUUGAUUUAGAUUUAUUAUUUUCAACAACAGGGGAACAAAUGUACUUUUCAAUUUGGCCUGGUGAUCCUUUUCCUAAUUAUAAACCUCAUAGAAGAAUAUGGUACACAAAUCAUUUGAAGUAGAUAGAAGAAAAAAAUUAUAAUUUGACUUAUUUUAGUGAGCCUUAUAUAUUAUGGACUUGGUUUUUGUUUAUGGUUACUUAAACAAGAAAUAUGACAAAUUUAAAUGGAGGAUUGGAUGGUGUAUUAGGGAGUGAUUUAAACUUUAGUCUUUUUCAAACUUUAUAAUCGAAAUAAGAAAAUGUUACUUUUUCGAUAAUUGAUUAAAAAGGAUAAUUUUUAUUGAGUUAAUUCAAUAUAAGUGAAAAUACUUACAUAUAUGAUACUGAAAUAUCAGGAUUUACAAAGGAAGAUUUUGAACAAAUUAAUAAUUAUAUGCAUAAAAGAAAAUUUAUUAAUAAUUGUUCUAAGAUUGAUAGAUUAUUGGAUAAUUAACGACUUUGUAGAUACAAUUUAUUAACUAAUACUGAAGAAUUAAUAGUAGCAAAGAUACUAUAUCCUACCGAUUUGAUAUUGCUGAUGUAAUAGAUUUCAAAUCUAAUUGUUUUAGUUAAGUAGAUCUUCUUGAAAAGGAGAAGGAACUAUUGAAUUAGCUUACUAAUAUAAAAAAUAAUUUUUAAGAUUUCUUUAGAAUGUAUAUUUUAAUUGGAAUUUCAACAGCAUUAUUUUCAAUUAUUUUGAGUUCUUUAGUUAUAUAUGUGACAUUGAGUCCAAUUACAAAUCUUAUUUUAUAUACUAGUUAAUAGAUUACUAAGGAAUCUGAUUUAAUGUAACAAUAAAUCAACUAGAAGGUUCGACUAAAAUAAAGCAAAUAUUCUUUGAAGACAAUUCAAGAAUUGCAUUAAGCAUUUAGAAGAAUGAAUGUCAGAUUAUUUAAUCAUAAGGAAGGCAGAAAAAAUAAAACAUGUACAGAACUUGAAUAAAUUGAGUUUCCUCUGAAACCAUUGGAGAGAUUAUCAUUUGAUGUUGGUAUUUCUAAAAUAAAUGUAAAUUUUUUUAAGUAGUAAAGUAGAAUUAUAAUUUAAAGAAUGAAGAUUUAUAAAUGUUUUAACCAUUUGAAUUCUUAAGACUUCAUUAAAAAAGAAAAAGACAUUGGUAUAAUUAUGUUUAAAAUUGA